UUUAUGAACUGUGAAGUGAAAUGGUGAUGUGACUGAUCUGUGUAUUGAAAGAAUUUCUUUCAUAAUUUCCUUUAGAACGUUGUAAUUUUUGAUAAAUCUCUAACAAAAUACAUGCAUUAUGAUUACUUUAUUACCCUGACCGGAAUUAGUAAUAUUAGAUUGUAUACUUUGUGAGUUAUUUUGGUAUUCGGUGACAUUUCAGUGAAGUGCCUAAUUUGAUCAUGGAGGCUAUAGCAAAACACGAUUUCACAGCAUCUGCUGAUGAUGAGCUCAGUUUUAAAAAGAAUCAAGUGCUUAAAAUACUUAAUAUGGAGGACGAUAUGAAUUGGUACAGGGCUGAAUUAGAUGGCAGAGAAGGGCUAAUACCUAGCAACUACAUUCAAAUGAAAAGUCACAAUUGGUAUUUCGGACGGAUCACAAGGGCCGAUGCAGAGAAAGUGUUAACGAAUAAACCAGAAGGUGGAUUUUUGAUACGGAUUAGUGAAUCUAGCCCGGGUGACUUCUCAUUAUCAGUAAAAUGUCCGGAUGGUGUCCAACAUUUCAAGGUGCUCCGAGACGCGUCAAGCAAGUUCUUUCUUUGGGUAGUGAAAUUUAACUCACUGAACGAGCUGGUGGACUACCAUCGUACUGCGUCAGUCAGCCGCCUGCAGGACGUCAAGCUGAGAGAUGUUGUACCUGAAGAGAUGCUGGUACAGGCUCUGUACGACUUCACUCCACAAGAAGCCGGCGAAUUGGAAUUUAGACGCGGUGACGUCAUCACCGUCACUGACCGCUCUGAUCAACAUUGGUGGCAGGGCGAGAUAGCUCACCGUCGCGGCCUGUUUCCGGCAUCGUACGUCACCGCCUACCAUUCAUAGUGCUCGCGCGCUCCAACCUUGCCUCCUUGUAGCCGCUGAUAUUGUGUUGUGUGCCGCCCCAAUAUAUUGAGUCGACGCCGGCUGACACCUUGCUGACUCUCAUGUAUCCCAACCCAAUAUUAUCACACAGUAACGAGAAAGCGUUAUAGUUUUCUUAAAACAUGCAAUAAUCACGCCUUCAAAUCUCACCAAUGUGUCAGCCGGCUAAAGUAUGAUUUCAUGUAACCAUGUAACAUUUUAUAGCAACGGUGCUUAGAUCCCACGGAUGUUUGGUUACGCUGAUCAUACAUAUAAUAAAUUUACUAUAAUAAUAUAAUAAUUGUGACUGCUAAGUUGUUUGUCCGUGAGUUGACUGCCCUUGUCCACAAUAUUGACGUCGUUUGUAGUACAAAACUGUUCGGUGCCGUUAUACAUUUCUUGUGUACUUUGUACGAAUUUAACAACCACUCAUUGUGUAAUUGUGACAAUUUGCGGGACGAAACAACAAUUUUUGUCCUCGCUUACGUGCCAGAAUGUUAUUUGUAGUUUUUUUGAAAUAUAUUUAAGUAAUAAAAGGUAAAAGGGAUCAACUCAGUAUUCGCUGAAAUUCCCCUGCUCUAUAGAUUUUUAUCAAUGUGAUUUUUUUUUAUUGUAUGAACAUUAUUUAUCCACUUUUAGUCUAUAAUGCUCAUUUUUAAAUAUUUACCAUUUACAUGUUAGUUAAGUAAUAGAUUUAAGUUGAUUUUACAUUAUUUGGACAAUUUUUUAUCACUGAUAUACAAAACUAUAUAAACUGGUACCAUAUUCGCGUAGGAUAUAAACGAUGUAGCGUCCUUCAAAGCUUCUCUAGGUUUAGUUUCAGAUUAUUUUGUCGCACAACGUAACGACGAGAGUAUUUUGUUUUAAAUAACAAAAUGGUUUUAUAUAUUGACUAUUGUUUUGAUGUCAUCGUAUGAAUACGAACAGCGAGGAUAGUAAACAUUAGGAUGUAUUCACAUAACAACAUGCUUCUUAUUCGCUUUCGAUGUUUUUAAUUUUAUGCAGGGUUGUUACCAUUUUAGCGUUUUACCAAUUAAUGACGAAGUGAAAUU